AUGCCCCUUCUCUCAUCCAAGGCGCUCUAUGCGCAAAAAGCCGACGAAUACUACCAACCACCUCCCAAGGGGCAGCCGUAUUCCAUCACCGUGUCUGGUUCGGAGAAACCUGACCGCACUCUCGUCUACCGCCAUCGGAAAUGUCGCGAUGGCGUCCUCGAGACCCUCGAUCCCUCUGUCACUACGGCCCAUGAAAUGUUCGAAUACGCCGCACAGAGAUGGCCUCACGCUCCGUGUCUAGGCUACCGACCCUACGAUUCCUCCAAGCAAGCUUACGGUCCCUACGAAUGGCUAGAUUAUGAGACAGUCCGCAAGAGGAGGUCGGAUUUCGGCGCAGGACUCGUCGAGCUGCAUGCAAGAGAAGGGAUCCAGGGCGCGAACUAUGGCGUUGGACUAUGGUGCCAGAACCGACCUGAAUGGCAACUCACGGACCUGGCUUGCAUGUCCCAGUCGCUGUAUUCGGUCUCUCUCUACGACACGCUCGGUCCUGAUGCGUCUGAAUACAUCAUCCAACACGCCGAACUGGCGUCGGUCGUUUGCUCUCUGCCACACGUCCCCACCCUCAUCAGGUUGAAGCAGCGCCUCCCUCACCUCAAAUUCCUUGUCGUCCUAGACCCUCUUGAACCGACCCUGAACGAGAAGCCGGAACUGUCUAAGCAGCAGCUGCUCGACUCCAUGGCUGCAGACGUGGGGCUCAAAAUCUACUCUCUUGCAGCCGUGGAAAAACUUGGAGCAACUCUAGGGAAACCCAACAACCCUCCCAAACCUUCAGAUCCCAUCACCAUCAACUAUACCUCUGGGACCACGGGAGCACCCAAAGGUGUCCUUCUCACCCACGCAAUGUGCGUGGCAGCCACGUCCUCCUCGCUCAUCUCUAUUUCAGUCAAGGAGAAUGGCGUGGUCUUGAGUUACCUACCACUUGCCCACAUCUACGGCCGCUUGUUGGAACACACUGCGAUCUGGAGUGGUAGUCGGAUCGGCUACUUCCAUGGCAACAUCCUCGAACUCGUGGACGACAUCAAACUCCUCCGUCCUACCAACUUUGCUUCAGUCCCUAGAUUGUUGAAUCGCUUUGGUGGAGCGAUCAAGGCCAACACAGUCGAGCAGCCAGGCGUCAAGGGGGCACUGAGCCGCCACAUUGUCCGUACGAAACUGGCCAACUCGAAUCCGGCGUCGAAAUCCCCAGGAUCCGCUGCGCCAAGCCCAACCUACCGGCACGUGAUCUACGACCGGAUCUGGGGUCGCAAGGUCUCCUCCGCCUUGGGUCUUGACCGCGCAACGGCGAUUGUGUCGGGCUCAGCACCCCUUGAUCCCUCGUUGCAACAAUUUCUCCGCGUCGUUCUGUCGUCUAGGGUCUAUCAGGGCUAUGGGUUGACGGAAACGUACGCGAUCGCGCUGACCCAGCCAGCCGACGACUUUACCGUUGGUAACUGUGGUGGUGUUGUCCCCUGUGUGGAAGCGUGUCUGCUCUCGGUGCCCGAUAUGGAGUACAGUGUCGAAGACAAACCAUAUCCUCGUGGUGAGCUCUUGCUCCGAGGUGCGUCUGUAUUCACGGGAUACUAUAAGAACCCGGAAGAAACCGCCAAGGCCUUUACGGAGGAUGGCUGGUUCAGGACCGGCGAUAUUGCCAGUGUGGACGAGAGGGGCAGAUUCCAAAUCAUCGAUCGUCGCAAGAACGUCCUAAAACUCGCGCAAGGAGAAUACAUUUCACCGGAACGCAUUGAAGGCGUGUACUUGUCUUCAUGCACGUACUUGGCGCAAGCAUUCGUGCACGGCGACUCGUCACAGACCUCACUUGUCGCCAUCUUCGGCAUCCAGCCGGACGUAUUUGCCCCGUUCGCGUCCAAAAUUCUGUCUCGCGACAUCUCGCCUACCGACGUCCCUGCACUCCUCCGCGCAUGCGAGGACCCCAAGGUCAAAGAGGCCGUGCUCCAGGAUUUGGAGAAGUGUGGCCGCAAGAAGAAAUUUGCGGGUUACGAGCGCGUCAAGAGCUUCAAGCUCCUGCUCGAACCCUUUAGCAUUGAGAACGAGCUGUUGACGCCGACCCUGAAGCUGAAGAGGCCCGUCGCGGUCAGGAGGUUUCGCACCCUCUUGGAUGAACUGUACAAGGAGGACGCUGAGAGGCCGCGCAAGGCCAGGUUGUGA